UAGCUGAGCCACGUCUUGUAUCUGUUUUCCCUCUGCCGCUGCGCACCUCAAUUGCCAUGGACAAACAACAAACCACCAGCUCCGCCCCUUCCACCACCACUCCCGCCGCUGCCGCUUCCUCCGCUUCCAUUUCGGAGCCGCCACAACAACCACCGGUACAAUCACAACCGCUGCAACAACAAUUACCUCAAUCUAGCACCCCCGUCACAUCCUCCUCCUCCUCCUCCUCCUCCUCAAACCCUAACCCUAACCCAAUCCCAAAACCCUUAUCUGCAACAACACCACUGACUCCGCAACAACCGCCACAGCCUCUGGCGACUCCAUCUCUGCUCAGACCUACUAGCGCCACUGCUGGUACCCCUUCACUCUCCAGGCCAUGGCAACAGCAGCAGUUCUCACAUUUUUCUUCUUCUUCGUCGGUUUCGUCAUCGACGUCCCCAUCCAUUUCUGGUCCCCAGAGGGGUGGCAUUCCAGUCAGUGUGGCCGCGGCGCAUCCUAAUCCUUCUUCUCCUCUUCCUUCUCCCUCGCAACCAACAUCUUUUUCUGGUUCUUUUGGUCAACACUUCGGUACUGCAUCUAACUCCAAUGCUGCUCAGGCUAGGCAGCCAAUGCAGGGGAUGCAAGGAAUGGGGAUGGUGGGGUCCCUUGGCUCGAGUUCUCAACUGCGGCCAGGUGGGAUUUCUGCACACCAUCAACAGAGACCUGUUCAAACACCUCUUAGACCAACAUUAUCUCCAAAUAGCCAAUCCACUGCCACCCAAAGGCCCGUGCGACCUCCUCUUGUACCACAGUCUUCCCAAAGUAGCCCAUCCAAUGCCACCCAAAAUUUCCAGGGACAUGGAUUCAUAAGAAUGCCAGGUGUAGGUUCUGGUUCUCCAGCACCAAGUACAUCACAGAGCAUACAGGCACAUAAUCAGCCAUGGCUUUCACCUGGAUCACAAGGGAAACCUCCUCUGCCUCCUUCUUCAUACAGACCACAGACCACCUCACCAUCCUUGCAGCAAAGGUCACAUGUACAGCACCAUCCUUCACCUGCAGUUCCACAACAGCAACACGUGCCAACUUCACAGCUGCAACAACCUCAAUCACCACAUCAGCAGCAGGAGCAUUACGGACAACAGUUUUCACAAUCAAGGGUCCAGCCAUCUUUACCCCAUCAACAACAAAUUCCUAGGACCCAGGCUUCUGCAAGUCAAAAACCUUCCUCUCUUGCAAUUGUACAGCCUAAUACAGUCCAGCCAGGGAUGCAAAGUAGAAUGGGUAAUGCGGAAAGUGAUGAAUCUGGAGGUCAUAUUCUUAGCAAAAGAAGCAUCCAUGAGCUAAUUACACAGAUCGAUCCUUCUGAGAGAUUGGAUCCUGAAGUUGAAGACAUUCUUGUUGAUAUUGCAGAAGACUUUGUAGAUUCUAUCACAACCUUUGGUUGCCAACUAGCAAAGCAUAGAAAGUCAGAUACAUUAGAAGCAAAAGACAUACUAGUACAUCUUGAGCGUAACUGGAAUAUGACUCUUCCUGGAUUUAGUGCUGAUGAGAUUAAGACUUACAAAAAACCACUCACAACUGAAAUUCACAAGGAGCGGCUCACAGUGAUAAAGAAGUCAAUCUCAGCAAGUGAGGCAGCAAAUGCUAGGAAUAUUUUUGGCCAAGCUACUGCAAAUGCGAAGGGUAACCUAGGGAAGAUGCCUACAAAUUUUUUGGGGUCACCAAAUCUCAAGAUACGUGAAGUUACAUGAUACCAUUUUUUUACAGUUUUGGAUGCCUGAAGCUGUUUGCUAAUGAAGGUAUGCAGACUAUCAUACAGAUAUGAUAUAUUUGUUUAUGCAGCCAUGUAUUUAGAGUUUGCACAUGGGACCUACCCUUGUAAUUUAGGUUAUUAGUUGUGUUAGCUGUCUAUGAACUAUGAUGAGGGAACCGUUCAGUCAUUCCAGACUAUUAGUUUUACCUAUAAUAUUUACUGCAGGCUUCAUUUAACACACCUAUGGUUGUGUUGAAUCCUCUACUCUUAAUUGGGGCUUUCUUCCUGUUGGGAAAUAAUGAACCUGUGCUGUCUUG